AUGACGACCAAAGGCGAAAAGUAUGCGGAACCCACAGUGUCGGUUCAGCCCGUCGACGAUGUCGAGUACGCUGCCCAGCACAUCGACCUCGACACGGACUCGGGCGGCAAGGACCAGCUGCACCGCGGCCUCAAGCAACGACACAUUGCUAUGAUGAGCAUUGGUGGCAUUAUUGGCACUGGUUUAUUCCUCGGAUCCGGAAACGCACUCAUCCAUGGUGGCCCCCUGGGCCUGCUCCUCGGCUACUCCAUCUUCGGUGUGGUCGUCAUCUUCCUGAUGCAAGGCCUCGGCGAGAUGGCCGCGUUCCUUCCCAUCCCAGGCGGUCACCUGGCCUACGCUGGCCGGCUCUCGGCCGUCGCCGUCCUCAUGAACUACUGGGUCAGCGAGACAACCGUCAACAAUGGCGUGUGGAUCGCGAUCGCAUUUGCCUUCGUCAUUGUCAUGAACAUGUUCCCCGCAAGCGUGUACGGCGAGACCGAGUUCAUCUUCUGUAGCAUCAAGGUCCUCACGAUCAUGGGCCUCAUUAUCUGUGGCAUUGCAAUCAACUGCGGCGCCGGCCCAGACGGCCACUACAUUGGCGGAGAGUACUGGAGGAACCCCGGCGCGUUCGGCAUCGACUACAUGGGUAUCAAGGGAGCCAAGGGCCAGUUCCUUGGCUUCUGGGCUGUCCUCACCCAGGCUGCCUUCUCUUACCUUGGAUCUGAGAUCGUGGCCGUCGUCGCCGCCGAGACUAAGAACCCUUCCAAGGCCGUGCCACGCGCCAUCAAGAACGUCUACCUUCGUAUCUGUGUCUUUUACAUCCUUGGCACGUUCAUUAUUGGAAUGACAUGUCCCUCCAACGACUCCCACCUCGGAACCGCUUCGGACGCCUCGGCAUCUCCCUUCGUCAUUGCCAUCUCUCGCGCCGGCAUCAAGGUUCUCCCCUCGAUUGUCAACGGCUGUCUCAUCACCUCAGCCUGGUCGGCCGCCAACGCCGACAUUUACGUCGCGUCGCGCUCGAUCUACACCCUCGCAAAGCAGGGCUACCUCCCCAAGGUCUACCUCACCACCUCCAAGCGCGGUGUCCCCUAUGUUGCCUCCGUGACUGCUGCUUCGGGCGGUUUCUUGGCUUUCAUGUGUGUCUCCUCGGGCGCAAACACCGUCUUCAACUGGUUUGUCAACCUUGUGGCCGUUGGUGGUCUCAUGGUGUACGUUGGCAUUUGCUGGUCGUACAUUCGCUUCCGCAAGGCCUGUGAAGCGCAGGGCAUCGAACGCAGCACUCUGCCCUUCACGUCUGGGUAUGCCCGUUUCGGCGCGUGGUUUGCCCUCUGCUUCAUCCCCAUCAUCAUCUUCUUCUCCGGCUGGACCGUCUUCCUCGACCUGGAAAACUUCGACCACGCCACCCUCAUCACCAACUACCUGCCCAUGGUGCUCGUGCCCAUUGCGUACCUGGUCAAGAAGUUCUGGUCCAAGACCAAGACUGUUGGUCUCAUGGAGAUGGACCUGACUACUGGGGCGCGCGUGAAGAUGGUGGCCGAGGACGACGAGGACGACCAGCCUCAGGGACGGUGGGCCAAGAUUACCAGCUAUCUACUUUGA